AAGAAACGAGGCGAAACAGUGCCGAUGUUACAUGUUUGUUUCUUUAAUCUUAAAAACUAUGAUGUCCUAGUGGAUGCAUUUUUAAAAACAAAACAAAUAAUAAUAAAUAAAUCGUGUUACUCAAAAACUAGGCUGUUUUAGAAUUAUUUUUAAACUUUCUUUUGUAACCUUUCAAAGUGUCGGAGACCCGAUUUCCUCUAUUGCCUGGCACAGAGGUUUGACGUGAAAUCUAUUUCUCUGUCGCGUGGACCGUGCGAUCUACAAGUCCGAUAACUGACUCAACACAUCCACGGAUCAAAAACACAGCUUUAAAAAUAUAUAUUUUUUUUUUAAACUCUCAGUUGUCAGAUGUCAUCAAGGUAAGAUAACAAACAAUGUUUGCUUAGGAUCAUCGUAGGUCUGUGCUGUUAUUUAUUUAUUUAUUUAUUUAGGCAUUUUUAUAUAGCGCUUACCAUAAAGCUCUAAGCGCUUAACAAUUAUUAAAAACAUGUAAACUAAGUAAAAUAAAAAUGAGACACUAGGAUAGUAACUACUAUACUAUAGAAACAAUGAAAAUGGCUAUAAAACGAGGACACUUUUCCCUUUUCAAAAUUGUGUGAAUGCCAUCCCAAACAAUGGUGUGCGUUAUAAUUAAUUUUUUUUAUUACGUUCUGUUAUCAUUUUCAAACUCUCCUAAUGCCAUUCGAAUAAAAUACACACUUUCUUUUCUUAUAAUGUGUAUCAUCUUUGUGUUUAUUAUAAAUUGUAUUUUUUUUCCAUGAGUUUAUGCCGCGUGAGUAAGAUAAUAGUGAUAAAGCUAUAUAUGAUAUAAAUCAAUAGUGACUCAAGCGAUUUCAACCGUUUAUUAAACUUUACGACACACUUAAGCUAAUAAUAAUUUAGGUUGAUCCACACACCCUUCAUUUAUUAAACAUUUUCGACUGUUUUAGUGAUACUAUUAUUGUUAUUACUUCAUGGCUUUUAGAAUAGUUGCCUUCUUACUUUUUACGAUACUUUUAACUACCAUUUGCCCUAUACUUUUUCGGUCAAUUAUUCCCACCCACCCCCACCCCUCAAAAAAUAAAUAACAAAAUUAAAAAAAUAAAAAAUAAAAAUGUCCUUUAAACUUGCUGAAAUCAAUAACUUGAGAACCCUUGUGAACUUAAGCGACAAAUCCGUACAAAAGAAAAGAAAGAAAAAAAGCUCUAAUCUAAUGCAAAGUCAUGAAAUCGAGAGACUGCUAAACUGCUAGUGCCUCAAACACCAACAACUACAACAUGUUUUAGAGCAGUGGUUCUUAACCUUUUUGGCGGUACCGAACCCCAUCAGUUUUAUAUGCGCAUUCACCGAACCCUUCUUGAUAGGAACAAUAAAAUAUGAUUUUUUUUUUUUCGUUUUUUUUUUUGGACCUCCGCCGAACUCUUGAGACUGACUCACCGAACCCCUAGGUUCGAUCGAACCCAGGUAGGCACCACUGUUUUAAAGCUUCCAUUUCAUGGUUCCCAAACCACAAAUCCUGACCAUUUUUGACCCUCGUGGUUAUACAUUUUUUGGUUUUCCUGUUGCCAAUUGUGUGUCUUGGCCUUUCUCGAACUGCUGUCCGAGGUGUACGAGAGUUUAGCAUUCACUGAAGUCAUUUUUUUUUAGACGGAAAAAAACAAAAAACUAUUAGCAGUGAAUGUCCUAGUAAAUUAUGUAAUUAAUUUUGCACAGGGGAAAGGUCACACCUGGUAUAUAAUUGUGUAGAUUUUUUCGCCAUUUUUUUUUAAAAUGCGACAAGAAAUAUGAAGUUACAUGUUCGAAAACCAAAUGCCUGGUUCUCAGCCGUGUUUCGACUAAGGGGGCUUAAUGUCGAUGCGACUCGGGAGGUAUACGGUUAUGUAAUACGGGGGUCAAAAUGCUAUGCUAGGGAGUUUUAUAUAAUUCAUGUUAUUCAAUGCUGCCGUUUUCAUGAUAUAUAGCGUCAGCCGUAGGUUGUACAGAAAUAACCGCGUCACUGACUCGCGUGUGAUGCAGCUCUGACUCUGACUCCUCAUACCCAGGGCCGGCGCCAGAAUAUUUGGCACCUUAGGUGCACCUGUCGCACUGCGCCCCCCCCCCCACCCACGCCGACGACAACUAAUUAUUUAAUUAAUAAUGCCGCCCCCUAAAAAUUUGCCGCCCAGGGCGUCCGCCUAGUUCGUCCGAUGGUUAAACCGGGCGCCUGCUCAUACCUCAUGUUAAACAAAUAAAUAAAGGAAAUAAACAGAUAUGAAAAGUCAACGCGUGUGUGAUACGUCCCUUGGGGUCAAGCAAGAUGUUUACCGGAGAGCUGAGGGCGCCUAACUGCACGGUCACUCCUUUCAAGUCUUUAAACAUGUAUUUCAAUAUUCCAGAUCUUUUAUUUGACCGCGUCCUAGAUAAAUCUUUAAUAAUGCGUUAAAAAAUUUAAGUUACACAUUGUUGAAUUACACAGGAGUCUUGAUGCUGAGCCCCCGGUGACGCCAGACAGCAGUGAUCACGUGGAGCUCGUGGUCUUAGAGAGCGGCGAGGACCUGCCAGGGGAUAAAACAGAGGAGAGGCAAGAGAGGGCCUGGGCGGCGCUGAGCAGCAAAGGAAUGCGGCAGAGGCGGACGUUAUUGAGGAAGGAGGGUCAGAGGUCAGUGGUCCAGUUCUAAGUAAUGGAGGGUUGCUGCUGGUUCAGCAUCUUGUUUACAUUUUGCACUUAACUGGAGUUUUAAGCCUCGUAUGUUUGUUUUGUCUGUUUGUUGUUGUGUAGUUUGUUGUUGUGUAGUUUGUUGUUGUGUAGUUUGUUGUUGUAUUGUUUGUUGUUGUGUUUUUGUUGUUGUUUUGUUUGUUUGUUGUUUUGUUUGUUUGUUUUUGUGUAGUUUGUUGUUGUGUAGUUUCUUGUUGUGUAGUUUGUUGUUGUUUUGUUUAUUUGUUGUUGUGCUGUUUGUUGUUGUGUAGUUUGUUGUUGUUUUGUGUAUUUGUUGUUGUGCUGUUUGUUGUUGUGUAGUUUGUUGUUUUGUUUGUCUGUUGUUGUGUAGUUUGUUGUUGUGUAGUUUGUUGUUGUUUUGUUUGUUUGUUGUUUUGUUUGUUUGUUUGUUGUUUUGUUUGUUGUUGUAUUGUUUGUUGUUGUUUUGUUUGUUUGUUGUUUUGUUUGUUGUUAUAUUGUUUGUCUUUGCGUUGUUUUUUGUUGCGUUGUUUGUUGUUGCGUUGUUUGUUGUUGUGUAGUUGUGUUGUUGUAUAGUUUGUUUGUUGUUAUGUUGUUUAUGUUUGUGUUGUGUUGUUUGUUGUUGUGUUGUUUGUUUGUUGUCUGCUCCAAAUGACCAAAAUCAUGCUGUGACCUCUGGUGCAGAUCAUGUUGGGGACCUCUGGUGCAGAUCAUGUUGGGGACCUCUGGUGUAGAUCAUGUUGGGGACCUCUGGUGAAGUCCGUCUAAUAUAAAGUAACAUGCUCUAUAGAAUUUGAAGGGGAAAAGGGAGUGGGGGGGGGGGGGCUUUGGGGCACUGUUUUUGUUUUUUAAACUUUGGUAAGUAACCUAAAGAAGCACUGUAACAAAUGUAUAGCCUAGUAACUCGGUUGGUGUAGAUCAUGUUGGGGACCUCUGGGGAAGUCCGUCUAAUAGAAAGUAGCAUGCUCUAUAGAAUUUGAAGGGGAAAAGGGAGUGGGGGGGGGGGGCUUUGGGGCACUGUUUUUGUUUUUUAAACUUUAGUAAGCAACCUAAAGAAGCACUGUAACAAAUGUAUAGCCUAGUAACUCGGAUGUUUGUAUACCUUAGUAACCAAUCGGUUUGUUUUUACUCCCACAGUAACGUGGCCUUCCGGGGCAUACAAAAGAAGAACAUCAGAUUCCUCAAAGACCUGUACGUCACACUGCUGGACCUGAAAUGGCGCUGGGCGAUGCUGAUUUUAUUUUCAGGAUUUUUCCUGUCCUACCUUGUGUUUUCUGUGAUCUACUUCCUGCUUUCAUACACGUAAGCUGUGUGAAUAUAUGAUCUUCCGUUUGCACGCAGUAAAGUUGUGUGAAUUGACUGCCUUCUGUUUUUCACACAGUUAAGUUCGUGCACGUCUAUUGUGUGACUAGAAUGAAGAAUGUCUUAGAAUUUAAUACACGUUAGUUGUGUGAAUAGAAAGUCCUCCCCUUUUUCAUCAAAUAAAGUUUGUUUAAAUAUCAGCUUCCACAUUCAUGAGCGUUUCAAAAUCGAAGCUGACGCACGGAUUGGUUUUUUUUAUUUACUUUUUAGCAUCUUAAACUCAAAUGUCCCCCAGUUUUGCCGUAUCCUAUAAAAUUGAGAGAGAGAUGACAAAUGGCGCGCAUUUUAAUCUUUCUUAAAAACAUAUUAGUUGAAAGUCAAUGACUUCAAGUCAAAGAUUUUUCAACCCAUAAGACACCUUUUACUAAAUCUACUGUUAAUUUCUUAAGCUCAGUUCACGCGAACUAAAUUCCGUCCAAUUUUUAGCGCACUAUUGUGUGGGUUCAAAAAGACAUUCGACGAAAGUUUGAUCGUUCGCGGGAACUGGGCAUUAAAACAGUUGACAUCGCCAAAAAAAUGUCCCGAUAUUAAAUGGGAACACUGUGGGUGACAUGGCAAGAUAUGUUCGCCUCUUUAACGAAAUUUAAAACUUUGACAUUGUUCAAUGUUUCUGUUCGUCAUAGUGGUGUCUAGAUAAAUACCGGUAGCCUUUGUUUCGUGUCUUCCUAAUUAGUUUCUGCUUUUUAAACAUCCUACUUUUGUAUGGCAUUAACCAGCCGGUAUUGUGUAACUGAUCUGUUUUCAUAUGGAAUGAGACUAAUUUCACAUGAAACUGGUCUGUUUUCAUGUGGAACGAAACUAAUUUAUCGUGUAACUGACCUACUUUCACAAGGUACUAACCAGGGAUCAAGUUCUGGGAAUAUAAGUAUGGGAACUCAUCCAAGAUUAUCGACUCCCCCCCCCCCCCCCCCAAAAAAAAAAAAAAUAUUUAAAAAAUCCCCUGAUUCGCGUCACAACCCUUUCCAUUUUUAAAUAUGUCUUUAUUUCUUAAGGAAAAAAGUACAGGACCACCACUCCCAUGCGUUCCUGCUGGCCGAUCCAUUACACAGGCCCUGCAACCCCUGCGGCUGAAGGGGGCCUCGGAGAGUUAAAGGGUCUAAAGUUUUAUUUGGGAAAAAAAAUUAAACUAAUGGUAUCAACUUUGAAUGGAGGGCCACAAAACUGAAAAGCCUCAGGCAUGCCUCCAAAAGCUACUCGAUGGCUCUGCCUGCAGGAUUCUAGCCAUGGAGCCAACCUACUUUCAUGUGUAGCUAACCUACUUUUAUGUGUGGCUAACCUACUUUCAUGUGCAGCCAGCCUACUUUCCUGUGUAGCUAGCCUACUUUCAUGUGUCACUAACCUACUUUCAUGUGUAGCUAGCCUACUUUCAUGUGUGGCUCACCUACUUUCAUGUGUAGCCAGCCUACUUUCAUGUGUGGCUAACCCACUUUCAUGUGUAGCCAGCCUACUUUCUUGUGUAGCCGGUCUAAUCUCACAAGCAAAUAACUUACCUCCCUUAUUCCGCAGACACGGAGACUUAGACCAUGUGGGGGACAAAACGUUCAAGCCCUGCAUUAAAAACCUGGAGUCGUUCUGGGACGCCCUGUUGUUUUCCAUGGAGACUCAGUCCACCAUAGGAUACGGAACAAUCUACCCCAACGCCGAGUGUGCAGGGACCGUUCCGGUCGUUUACCUACAGGUCACAUUCAUCAUUGUUUAUAGUCAGUGGCGUAGCUAGAGUAUUGGCACCUGAAUUCGAUGUCCUUAUUUGGGUUUCUUCGUGUUCUAUUUUUAGAUUACCUGCGGCUUCCUGCUGGAAACGAUCCUCCUGGGGUUUAUCUUUGUCAAGAUCGCUCGCCCCAAGCACAGGCGGCACACAUUGAUAUUCAGGUAAGGCGGCACACGUGGAUAUUCAGGUAAGGCGGCACACUUUGAUGGUCCGCUAAAUGACACGCACUGAUUUUUCAGGUAAGGUCCACUUAACUUAGCAAAGGAAAGUUUUGAGCUGUUGCAAGCGGUAAACUAAAUGUCCCUGAAUAUUCCCCCCCCCCCUUCCCCAAAUUUCCCGUUUGCAUAGAACUGCGUCAUCCGGAAUCGUGUAAAGAUAUAUAAAGACCCCAUCGGGAACUGUGUACGAAUAUAUAAAGACGUCAUCCGGAAUAGUGUAAGAAUAUAUAAAGACGUCAUCGGGAACUGUGUACGAAUAUAUAAAGACGUCAUCCGGAAUUGUGUACGAAUAUAUAAAGACGUCAUCCGGAAUUGUGUAAGAAUAUAUAAAGACGUCAUCGGGAACUGUGUACGAAUAUAUAAAGACGUCAUCCGGAAUUGUGUAAGAAUAUAUAAAGACGUCAUCCGGAAUUGUGUAAGAAUAUAUAAAGACGUCAUCCGGAAUUGUGUAAGAAUAUAUAAAGACGUCAUCCGGAAUUGUGUACGAAUCUAUAAAGACGUCAUCCGGAAUUGUGUAAGAAUAUAUAAAGACGUCAUCGGGAACUGUGCACGAAUCUAUAAAGACGUCAUCGGGAACUGUGCACGAACAUUCAAAGACAUCGUAGCCCUUGGCGGAAAUAAGAAGCACUUAAACUACGAACACGUGAUGUCGCUAGUGUGUGUUAUAGCUUUGUCUCAAGUCAAUCUUUUGUGACGAUCGUCAUGACUUUCUGCUGCCGAGUCUGUCUUUUGGGUACGACACAUCGUCUGUCGACAGCUAUUUUUAUUUUCCGUUGGCUGGCACUAGUUGGUUCCAGUUGGUUUGUUGGUGUCUUCCGUAUUCGAUAUUUGAGGAUUUUUUCUCUCUCCCUCCCCCCCCCCAAAAAAAAAAAACCAGUUAAAACAAACUUGUUAAAUUUAAUUGUUUAACAAUCAAAUUAGCUUAAAUCUUUCAAUUACCUAUUUGUUGAAUGUGUUGAAUGUGUUGAAAGCGUUGAGCAUAUGUGUUGAAUGUGUUGAAUGUGUUGAAAGCGUUGAGCAUAUGUGUUGAAUGUGUUGAAUGUGUUGAAAGCGUUGAGCAUAUUUGUUGAAUGUGUUGAAAGCGUUGAGCGUGAGGUGAUGUUUUUUUUUAAUGAUCAAACUAAUGACAUUGAUGAUUCAAUUACCUCCGCCCCCCCCCCUUUUUUUUGUGGAUGCACGCGCAGCCGCAACGCCUGCCUGUGCAAGGAGGACAAUCAGCUGAACUUACAGAUACGGAUCGGUGACCUCAGGAACUCCCACCUCAUCGACAGUCACGUGUUCGGGGUCCUGGUCAGGAGAUACGUCUGCGAGGAAAAAUACGUGUAUCCUCUGUUUCAGGUAAAUCUGGUGUCUCCUUUAUUUCUCGUAGUACGCACGUACCCAUUUUUUUUUUUUUUUUUUUUGCAUUUAAUGUGUUUUCAUUGUUGGUGGUAUAAUACGCGUACACACAUCUCAGGUAUCGUCUACGCGUAGUAUCGUUUUCGUGUAAUAAAAAAUAUAUGCUUGUAUCGAUUAUUUCGAGAAAUACUUGUGAUGAUACGUGUGUCAUCAUUACUUUACUUCUGGUAUCGGUAAUAAUAUCAGUACUCACAGGGCUGGCUGAUGGUACUGGCAAUAUCGGGCAGUUUCUCGAGGCGCCUUGUGCCUAGGGCGUCAUCAACGAUCCUCCAAAAGAGGAAAUAUCAUUGCAUGUGGGCGCCAUGGAAGAAAAAAAGAAAGUGGAAUAAAAAGAUAUGCUGAUCUAAAGCUGGAGAAAAAAAAAGUGGGGGGGGGGGUAUUGUCAUCGGUAGGCUAAUAGUUCAUACUGAUCACGAUAUACCAAAAGUUCAUACUGCCCACGGCAGGCUAAUUUUUCCUACUGCCCAAACGCAAGUUAAGAAAAACACAUUUAUUAUUCAAUGUUUUGUUUCCUUUUUAAAAAAAUAAGAAAAAAAGAAAGGGGAAAAAAAAGAUAUGCUGAUCUAAAGCUGGAGAAAAAAAAAGUGGGGGGGGGGUAUUGUCAUCGGUAGGCUAAUAGUUCAUACUGAUCACGAUAUACCAAUAGUUCAUACUGCCCACGGCAGGCUAAUUUUUCCUACUGCCCAAACGCAAGUUCAGAAAAACACAUUUAUUAUUCAAUGUUUUGUUUCCUUUUUAAAAAAAAAAAACUAGGUAAUAAACUCAUCACCUAAUCCCCUGUUGUUGUUUUUUCCAAGCACAAUUUUUUAUGUUUAUACUUAAAAGGGGCGCCAAAGUUAAGCGUGCCCCGGGGGGGGGGCGCCAUCAACCGUUGGGCUGGCCCCGAGCACUCAGGUAUUUCAGGUGCUGUUUCCAUUCAUACUCGUGAGAAGUCAUGCUGAUCUUCCAUCAAGCGCCUGCCCAAGUGGCGGAUAGGGGAAAGCCCGCCAGAUAAGGAAGGAUGUGGUGGAGCAGGCCAGGGCCCUACAUGGCCUGUAGUGCGACUGAUGAUGAAGAUGAUGGGUGGUUCCAUUAUGUCAACUUAUUCGUGCAGCCAUCGGAGCGGGCAGCGAUGCGUUAUGGAUAAUCCAUGUAUUAACUCUUUUUUUUUUUGUCUUUGUGUCAGCAUGAAAUAGAAUUCGAGGCCCAUGGAAUGGGGGACCGCCUUUUCCUCAUUUGGCCAAUGGUGCUGAGUCAUAAAAUCAAUAAGGACAGCCCACUUUACACUUUGACCCCGGAAGGUAAAUAUAUAAUUAGUUCCCCCUGGAAUUUUUGUUUUCAAUAUCCAACGUGUCUCUUUUCUGAUUAAUUUCGUUCUUGUUUUUAUUAUUAUUAUUGUUUAUAAUACUGAUUGCUAGUUGCUACCAGCUUGUACUUGUACACAUUCAUUCGUUAAAUCAAUCAAUCAUACCUUUUAAAUUUUUAAAUGUCUUCAGUUGGAAUAAGAUAACACAAUAGAACGUAAUUUUUCGAGAUCUCGGUUGAGCAGUCUUUUUAUUAGUAAGAUCAAACUGACCUCUUGAAAAUUAAUGUUAAUCUAUAAUCUAUGCCCUUGCAUGAAUGGGAGAAUUUUUUAUUUUUUUUUAAUUUAAAAGUUUUCUUAAAAGUAACUAUCAGAGUGCCGCAGAUAACGACAAUAUGGACCACAUGUGUGCCGCGUGGUCGGACCCCCCCCCCCCCAACCCCACCUCCUCUAACAGAAACAUAUAUUUACUCAAACCCAUCAAUAAAGUUGUCUUCACCUGUUCCUUUAACUCCGCCCACAGACCUGAUGUAUGACAAGUUUGAGCUGAUGGUCAUCCUGGAGGGGACGAUAGAGUCCACCGGGGAGAUGGUCCAGGCCAGGACCUCCUACACCAGCAAGGAGAUCCUCUGGGGUCACAGGUUCACGCGAGUGGAGGAGUAUGACGAGAAGACGGAUAAAUGGUAGGGAACGGACUUGGAGAUGCGGCUGUGUGAAAAGCAGGACGCAAUGAAUGGCUUUGGAUUGUUGAUUAAUGUAAAAGGAUUUAUUGCAUUUAAGCCAAUAAGCCAAUGUAAUUGGUAAAAGCCAUUAAAUGCAAAGUAAAAAAAAAAAGUGUACUUUCAAAAAGCCAUUGUAAAUGGUAAAACGGGUGUAAAGCCAAAAAGUCAAUCUAAAUGGUAAAAGAGCAUAAUGUCAAAAAUACAUUGUGAAUGAUAAAAAGAGUGUAAUGUCAAAAAUCCAAUAAGAAUGGUAAAAAUAGUGUAAUGCAAAAAAAGCCAUUGUAAAUGGUAAAAUGAGUCUAGUUCCAAAAAGUCAAUGUAUAUGGUAAAAAAAAAAAAAGAGUGUAUUUCCAAAAAGCCAAUGUAAAUGGUAAAAAGAGUAUAAUGCCACAUAGCAAUUGUGAAGCACAGGGGCGAUUUUUUAAACUGUUAAUGUUUGUUUAUAUUUCGAUCCCCUCCAGGUGCAUAAAUUUUGUACGCUUUAACAACGUGGUGCCCAGCAAGACGCCCAAGUGUAGCGCCAAAGAAAUGGCCGAAGAUCCAACCCGGCAAGACGAGGGCGAGCCGGAAGUGGGGUAAAUCAUUUAGUUUACACCAUAUGUUACAAACUUUUUUUUUGUUGUUAUAAUUUUUUUAAAGUGUUGACCCCAUUUUUAUAGAAACAACGUGACCCAAGACCAGAUACAUAAUAAUAAAAAAAUAUUUUUUUUAAAGAUACUAUUAAAGUUAAAGACAGUUAAAAACGCUCUACAAAGUAUUAAAGAAUUUAAGAUUUUUUUUUUUAAAUGCAUUAGGGUCGUUCGCAAAUUACGUUUCCGCUAAAAAUGACCUUUUCAGACCAUCCCUCCCACUGUCACAAAUUCUUUACACCACCCCCCUCCCCACUUUGUGUCAUGUCACACCUAAAAAAAUUAAAAACACAGAUAAAAUUUUCAUAACGAAAUUAAGAUUUGAUUUUAUUCCUUAACAUUUCCCAUAAUGGAUUAAGAUGUAGUAUUAUUAGAAAAUUGUGACGUAAAACAACGAGGUUCUUCCCAAACCAAAAGUAAAAAUAGCCGCAACAGUUUUUGCUUCAUUUUUCGAUAUGCGCAGAAGGUGUGCGCGACUGAGUUUCACUGUACUUAUAACACCUUAGGCAGUUUCGACUUGAAAUUAAUGUUUUUAAAGGUAAUUGAAUAAAGAUUUUUACAAUUAGAAAAUUUUAGAUUAAAAAAAAAAAAAAAAAAAAAAAUUAGGGCGGCAAAAAUUUUUAAAGGUAAUUAAAAAAAAAUUUUUAAAAUAAAAAAAUUUUAAAUUAAAAAAAAAAAAAAAAAAAAAUUGUGGCGGCACAAAUUUUUGAACUCCCCCCCCCCUGUCACAAAGUGUCACAAAUACUCGACCCCACCCCCCUGAGCGUGACGUAAUUUGCGAACGACCCCUUACGAUAAAAACUAUUACGUUCAAGGUAAAAAAUACAGGCAAACUCGGAUGGGUUCUAAGAGUUUCGUGUAUUGCAAUUUUAUUUCCAAACCAUCCUUUCUUGUAACCAGGGCAACAGAAUCAUCCGACCGGAAACCUAUGAGCAAACGAACAAGCCGGGCCUUCACGGCCAGCGUGGACACCUUGGGGGCAGACACAGUGUACAGCACGGCUUCCGAGGCGGACGAGGAUCGUAUCAGUAUGUCGUGAUGAGGGUUUUCGAAUGGUUGGGUUUACUGGCACUGGGUGGGAAUAUUCAUGCAUAACGAAUAAAUUAUAGUCUCCAGUGCUUUUAAGCGUCUAUAUUGCUGUCUUCUCUCUUGGGUCUCUGUAUCGAUAUCUUCUCUCUUGGGUCUCUGGAUCGAUAUCUUCUCUCUUGGAUCUCUGGAUAUCUUCUCUCUUGGGUCUCUGGAUAUCUUCUCUCUUGGGACUAUGGAAAUCUUCUCUCUUGGGUCUCUGUAUCGAUAUCUUCUCUCUUGGGUCUCUGGAUAUCUUCUCUCUUGGGUCCCUGGAUAUCUUCUCUCUUGGGUCUCUGGAUCGAUAUCUUCUCUUUUGGGUCUCUGGAUCGAUAUCUUCUCUCUUAGGUCUCUGGUUAUCUUCUCUCUUGGGUCUCUGUAUCGAUAUCUUCUCUCUUGGGUCUCUGGAAAAUUACUCUUACCCCAAUAACCUUCUGAAAGUAAAUGUGUCGUUCUCAUAACACAAUGUUUAUUUCACAGGUGAAGAGGUGUAAACGUUCUCAUCAAAGACAAAUUAAAUAGAAACACAACGCACAGCAAAGAAAUGCUACACAAGACCCGAUCCUUCCAACAAACCAAAACAAAAAACACCUUUGAUUGUCAUCAAGUUCACAUCAACCCCCAUGCAAGCCUCAGCCGUGGUCCCUUGAGGAGACAUUGAGGUCCCUUGAGGAGACAUCUCAAUAACUCAAACGUUUGAUGACGUAAAUCAAAUUCAGUCAAAUGUUUUCCCUGUGUCGGAAUUUCUGGCUAAGAAUAUUACAUCUCAUCAUUCAGGCGUUACCACGAUGUAACCUGUGCUGUAGAAGCAUGACACAAAGGGUUUGUGAAAGGGGUCCACGUGUGGAAUGCUUGAGCAUAUUCACAAAAUCUACAUCUCGUUAGUUCAUCUUUUUUUUCUUUCUUUUUUUUUUUUUAAACUCACUCACUGCUCCGUCAGCUUAUGAUACAUUCCACUGAGAUCAGAUAAUUAAAAACUUUUUAAAUAAAAUAAGAC